GGCCGCUGCUGCGGAGCGGCGGGGCGCUACGGGCGCGGGGCUGGGGUUGGCUGCGCCGCCGCCGCGCGCUGUCCCUCCCUCUCUCCCUCCUUCUUUCUCUCUCCCUUCCUCUCUCUCUCCCUCCCUCCCACCAACCACUCCGCGCGCGCAGGAGCAGCGGCUGUGACAGCGCCGCCGUGCAGAGCCGGCGUCCCCGCAGCCUCUCCCAGCUCUCGGGGCGCCGGCGGCCGAACCCCCCUCGGCGCCGCACCUGGCGGCUUUGACCGAGCCCCCCGCACCCGUCCCCUCCCUCCCGGCGGGCAGGAAGCGCCGCUCCCGGGCGGCGGGGCGCGCUGUCAGCGGGCGAGCGGGCGGCCCCGCGGAGCUCCUCGGCGGUACAUGGAUUACCUGAAAUUCAUAGUCCAUCCUCAGCAUCUCUGGGUGACUGCAGAAGACAUAGAAUUGUGGCAUCACAACAGAUUGGAAGUUGAGCGAGUUGAGGACUAUGUCUGAAUGUAUCCAGCUCUCAUUUGCUGUUUGUAGAAUUGGCAUUUACACGACGAAUGUUCAAACCUGUAAAACAAGAGUUUGAAUGAGGCUUCAUGGGACAGCUGAGCUGCAGAACCAGUUCGCUGCUGAAGAGACAGCCUUGCUGCGAGUUCUGUGGUCCCCUUUCCUCUUGCCUAGGUAUCAGUGUUUUAGAGCACUUUGCUGCAAAGGACCACCACCACCACGACCUGAAUAUGACUUGGUUUGCAUAGGCCUCACUGGUUCCGGCAAAACAAGUCUUCUGUCACAGCUUUGCAGUGAAAGCCCAGAGAAUAUAGUGUCUACCACAGGUUUUAGCAUAAAAGCAGUGCCAUUCCAGAAUGCCAUCUUGAAUGUAAAAGAACUUGGAGGGGCUGACAAUAUCAGGAAAUACUGGAGUCGUUACUACCAAGGAUCCCAAGGGGUAAUAUUUGUAUUAGACAGUGCCUCCUCUGAAGAUGAUCUAGAAACUGCUAGGAAUGAACUACAUUCAGCUCUCCAGCACCCACAGUUAUGUACUUUGCCGUUUUUAAUACUGGCCAAUCAUCAAGACAAACCAGCAGCUCGCUCUGUACAAGAGAUCAAAAAAUACUUUGAACUUGAGCCACUUGCACGUGGAAAGCGCUGGAUUCUUAAACCCUGCUCCUUGGAUGAUAUGGAGGCAGUAAAAGACAGCUUCUCCCUUCUAAUAAACUUGUUAGAGGAGAGAGACUUCGAACCUUCAAGAAUGUGAAACGCGAGAGGGAAGAGCGGUUCUCCAGGCGUCACUGUACCUGUUCAUUCUGCUCACAGAUUACUUAUGGUGUGGUAUCAAGACUGUGCUGUGAUGUUCAUACACAGUGCAGAAUGUCCUUUUGUUAAAAUAAAUAUUCUGUGAAUCAGGUACAUGACUAUUUCCAGUAAAGUUGUCUACACUACUGAAAUAGGGAGUUCCUCUUUGUUUACCACUAGUUCUGCACAUACUGCAUGUUGCUUUCUUGCCAUCAUCCUUGAUGGGAAAUUCUGCACGCACAAGAAUAACAUAGUCUGUAAAGGUGGCAUUCUACUUGCUACCUUGUUUUUCAAAAAUAACUCACUUCUUAAGGACUUGUGAGAUGAAUUUGUGUUAGCUUGUUUACUGACCCCACAGUCUGGAAAGCACAGCCACUGAAAACCUUAACAUUAUUGAUACCUUAAAAACCAAGUUGUUUUAUGUCAAUGCAAAGGUUAGUCUGAAAUUUUACUAAAUGAAAACACAGUGAGUGUGUUAGUUGAUUCCUCACCUUAAGCCACUGCAUAACCUAGUCAAAGACAGAACCAUUAUUUUGCUGGAAGUUCCCAUAAAGGGAAAUUUGCACACAGAUGUGUGCCGGGAACAGUAUUGCUGGAGAAUAGGUGACAUACAAAAGUAGUAAGAAGAAACAGUAUUUUUAGAAAAUAUACAGAAGUUGGUUAAACCAGUAGUUCUCACUUAAAAUAGUUUUUCAUCAGAGAAGCAAAGCUAAUGUGUGUUAAAUCAGCUGUGGAGGUUUUAUGACUAGUUAGAAGUGUGACUGAUUUUAAAUAAGGAUUGCCAUCUUUAUCACUCACUUAUUGUAUGCUACUGUUACUUUAACGGUGACAAGGCAUCCAUACCAUAAUUAAGGGCCUUCCAGUGUUUGUAUCGUAAGCUUCUCUUUUCAAGGAAUUAUAACUUGUUCUUUCAAACUUCCUCUGGCCUACAUGUUACUUAGAAGGCAAAAAAGUAUUCAUUGGAAACAACAUUUGUUAUACAUUUGGAAAAAUCCCACUUGGUUCCAGUAACACAGUGCACACUUCCUCUUCCCAAGUUUUCGCCAUUGUAGAUUUUCAGGUUCUUUUACUGACUUUUGUUGACUUUUAAAACCUUACUGACUGAUUUUAUCCUUUAAAGAAAUAUGCCAGGUCGCUAGUUCACCAUGAAGUCAAUCACAACAGGGUAUGUGCAGAUUGGUCACCAGGCUGGUGCACACCUUGAAUGUUGUGCCUUGCGCAUGAGUGUCUGUGAACACAAGCUGUAGUGAUGUGUCAGUGGUUCCUCACUGAUCCUGCUUAUGUUUUGAAACUUUUAACUCCUGUUGCAGGGCUUUAGGCAACAUAUCUUUCCACUCCGAGAAUUUAUUUUUUAAGUUUAAAGUUUAUUGUAGUUUCUUAUUAGUUUAUUUGAGAAUAAGAAAAUAGUAAGCAUCAGCUUUUAAAGGCUUAUAAAAGCCAUUUCUCUAUUUCUUGUAAUUAUGCUCCUUGUGGAACAAAAUGUUUUGUAGGUUUUUGGUUACUUUUCCAUAUCCGUGGAUUUCUUGUAUCACUCCUUCAGAACUAUUUCUGCCCAAAUGCAUGGCCUGAUGGUUACUGUUUUAACUCAGUUCCUACUAUCAGAACAAAGCUGGAAAACCUGUUAAGCUCAUUGUUUGAUUUUGUGAUAGAGUAGGCAGAAAGCUUUGCUCAUAAGCAUGAAGGGCAUCUCUUCUUGCUUCAUUUUUCUUCUGUUUCCUGCCAGGCCAAUCACCCUACUCCUCCUACUCUUGAAAAUUUCCAAAAACUGGAAUUACUCAUUUUAAAGCACACAGACAAGCUCUAUGAUAGUUCAAGCCUCUUUGCCUGUAGAAGCAACUAGGUUGGUCAUCAGUUUCUCUCCUGUGGGUUAAGGAAGCUCCUUUACCUGAAUUUGUGGAGAAAAUGGAUCUGAUGUGCAGCUCCACUCUCUUAGCUUACAUGAGUUUAGGGAUCACAGAGUCCCCAACUUUUUUUUCCCUGGUUAGUUAAAAUGGCAAAUAGAAAAUGGUGGGGAGGAGAAAGAGGUUUGUUUCCCGGAGAAGGAAGGCAGUUUGACAAAAAGGAAGGCAAAGAGAUGGAUUCAGAGCUUUUACUGCUUUGUCAUGGAGCCUUAGUUAGGAGAUGAAAAAUAAAUUCUUCUCAAUUUUUUCUCCUUUCUUCCCAUUUUGAAAUUAUGGACCAAAAAGUACAAAAAGUUAAAAGAGUCCCAGCUCUAUCACAUUAUUGGAACUGCACUUAUUCUUACUAUCAGUGUUUCUGGUCUGGUGAUUUUGAGCAACCUGAACUAGCGGUAGACGUCCCUGUUCAUUGCAGGGAAGUUGGAAUAGAUGACCUUUAAAGGUUCCUUCCAACUCAUGAUUCUACGACUCUAUGAUUCUAUGACUUCAGAGUUUCUGAGUUUUAUAUUUUAGUCAUGAUUUCCCAACUAUGCACUGUUGGAGGGUGCUACAUGACUAACAUUCAAAAGGCCCAACUAGUCAAUGAGAAUACAGCUGUGGCAUGUGCUAGUGUGCAGCUAGACUGGACCUUUUGAUGGUGAAUACUUUUUCUUUAUGGGGAUACCAACUGCAUAGUAGCAGUGAUUUAUUUUUCAAAAUAACUUUAAAUGUGCUUUUUCUUACUAAUACAGUGAUCAUUCCUCACCGCAGGUUGAAACAAUACCUCAUAAAUGCUUAAGGCUAAGACCAACGCUUAACUUUACUUUGAAUGUAGUUCUGUGGUUUUGUGUUGUGGAUGGACUUAAUGGAUAUGUACCCUUUUACUGUCUGUGAACACUUUCACCUUUUUAUGGAAAUAUUAAAAAUGCUUAUAGCAGUUCACAUCACACUUCUGUGUCUAAAGUGUUUUGAAUACAUUGGCUAUGGCAGAAUAUGUAAGCACUGUGAGCACCACGCAAAUUUUAUUUGUAUGACCAGUCUCAAUGGCAUUUUCUUGUGUUUUUUUGUUGUUUUUUUUUUUAAUCUUUUCGCACACGCUCAUCAUUUAGAUGAAAUAAACUUUGGCGCUAGGCUCUACUUUCCAUGCAAGUUCAUUAAGGAGUGAACAUUGUCUUUUUAAAAAAGAUACUCUGCUUUAAUGUUCUUUAGACAUCUGUUAAAUUACUUUGUGUGUAUGUGUGAGUGUGCGUAUGUGUAUGUGCCCACAUCAGGCUUCUUCUCAGAGCUGUAGUUGUCUGCAGCGUCUCAGCCAUCAGAAUGAAAACAUUAUCAAUCAGUAUCCACCAGCAGCUGGUUUUGACAAGCUUCUGUCUGCUGCUUAAUGCUUUACAACUUGUCAAUGCAACUUUUUUCGUCUGCUCACUCUGAGCUGAUAAUCUUACUGCUUCCAUGUUGUGUCCUGUACUUGUACUUCUAGCAUUUGUAUGGAAAAAAGUUAAAUCUUAGUGCAUUUUGAUAUUAUUUCUUGCUGUAUAACGUUCCACAUGUAUCUUAGCUUGCCUCUUCAAACUUCGCUAUACAAAAAUCUGUGAUGUAUUAUUUCAUUUAAUUUCUUGCAUUUCAUUAUAUUUAUAGAAGUUGCAGAUUUUUGUACCAUAUUAGUUACUACAGUUGCCUUUUUGUAAUGGCAAUUAAUUUAUAUUACAAAAGUUUGUAUCUUUACUGUAGUUGAGAGUAUUAGUUAACUGCUAUAUUAUCUUGACUUUAUACUAAAAAUACAGUGUCUUACACAAAAGUUGACCCAUUCAGGUCGACAACUACUAGACAUGAGGAACUUGUACUGUUCGUGAUUUAUACAUGAUUUCCACUAUCGAAAAGAAAAAAAAAAGAAAAUAAACACUGUAGAAUUGA